CUUCUUCAGUCUACUAUUCAAGAGAACACACCGUUGGUCUAUCUACCAUCUAUCUGUCUCUGAGGCAUUGAAUCUAUCCAACGUCUCCUAGAAUCUACGUCUCUACUGUCUCCAAAAAAGGUGUCGUUGCAUCUCUUCAACGUCUCUUGGAGCUCAAAAGUUACGUGUCUCUGCCGUCUCCAGUGAGUCUGAUCUCUACGCCGUCUCCACAGCGGCUGAAAUAAUCUCUCGCCGUCUCUCUCGUCUCUGUAAGUCUCCCCACCUCCGUCGCUUACCGCCUACCGACAGCGAUGACCUCGCUCCGACCCGGCCACUCCGUCCGGGUGCUGGCGGUGGUUGCUGUGAUGGUGCUGCUGCCAGCGUCCAGCGCCGGAGCUGGUCGCUGGUUCAACUCCGACCCACCCAUCAACCACACAGCUCUGACCACGCUGCGAACCGGGUCAGCGAUCCAGUGUGGACUCCGCUGUCUCAUCGAGCCGCUCUGCGUGGGUCUGCGAGUGAGUGACCCUGACCCGGGACUCGACCCUAGCCUCGACCCGGGCUUCAGCUGCACCCCAGUGACCUGUCCCCCCGACUGGAGUGUCUUCUCGGGUGGCUGCUACCGCGUGUUCCCCGCCAUUCUCUCGUGGCCGGACGCCGAGAUCGCCUGCAACUCUGCCGGCACCGGCUCCCACUUGGUCUCCAUCAGCUCCGCAGCCGAGAACGUCUUCGUCUCCACCCUGGCCCGGCAGGCGGGCGGCGUCUACUUCCACAUCGGCAUGUUCUGGCCGCUGGGCGCUCCUGCUGACGGCGCACGCUGGACGGACGGUUCACCGGUAACCUACACCGCCUGGUACAGCGGGCAGCCGAACGAAAACCACAACGGCAUGUUCAUAGCCACUAACCUGGCGGCGGAGCUGCAGGAGUGGAAUGACAUGGGUCCGAGUACCUUACACGGAUACAUCUGCGAGCACCGGCUGAAGGGAACGGGGGUAGAGCCGCGAGAGGGCGAGGCAAGGAAAACUGCGGGGAGAAUGACGAAGACUGAUGAUGGGACGUCCUGGGCACUUCUUGUUGUGUAGGAGUGGCGAUGUGAGACACUGGCUCGGUUAGGUUUGUCGUUAUUUCAUCUAUGUCUAUCCUUCUGUUCCUCCAUUUCUCUAUCCUUUUCCACUUGGCUCCUCAUCCGACUGUCUUGUCUUUUUCGUCUCUCUCUCUCUCUCUCUCUCUCUCUCUCUCUCUCUCUCUCUCUCUCUCUCUCUCUCUCUC